GAAUCAACCUAGGGCCAGGGCACGUAUGCGGGAAUACAACUAGGCUAUAAGGUGCUUUAUCCAAUUACGACUGUCGACUGACCGUUUAGUAUCUACAGGUACAGUACCAGCCAGCAGGCCGCCCAGUACCUAUGUACCCGGCCAGCUGGUGUCGUUGACGUGCCUUACCCAGCCCACCUAAUCCCUAGCGCGGUACAAUAUUUGGCGGGGUGCAAGCGUAGCGAAGCAAAGCAAAGCAAGCAAACAAGCUCCGCGCACUUCCUUGCCUCACUUGUCGCACAUGUUCCAAGGGCCAGAACUUCAUCCCUUAAUGGCGCCUGAGACCAGGACAUCCGCGACAGAUCAAGCCUCUCCGAUACUGCAAGAUCUUCCGAAUGGGGCCGCUAACAAUUAUGGCGCAGAUGGACGCGCCGAGGAUCUCAAUGGGCUGGAGACCACCUUUCAAGAGGACUUAGAGGAUCCAGCUGCUCUUCUUGAAAGUCUUGCAAACUACGAGCCUCCGCAGUCUCCAGCUGUUGGGUUGCGUGCGCCGGCGGUUCCCAGUGAUCAUGAUCACUUUGAGAGUCUGCUUCAGGCUGCCGCGACAGCUGAGGGGGUUGAUGCUGCAGAGCACGAUUGCAGCCAGCGAAGCUUCGAUCCUCUCGACAGGAACGACAAGCGCAAGAGAAAUGAGCAAGACGAUACAUACCAGUUGGACAGCGAAUCACAAAUGCUGCUUCGUGAUGCUUCAAAGCGUCGCAAGAAGCUUUCCCGAGACGACGCAGAUCAAUUGGCUUUAGAACGAGAGCUAUGGGGUCCUGAAGAGGGAGAUAACGAGGAGGGUAUGUCUACAUCUGAGCGGCACACUUCUCCAGUUCCCACUGCAGAUGCACGGGCUAUUGGUCUUCACUCAGCUACUGCAUUAUUCAGGCGACCGUCAACAGCAUCUAAAAAGUAUACCCGUGCACCAAUGUCGAAGCUAUUCACCUCUCUGGAGCUUACUGCCGAACAGUUCCUCCGUUUACAGUCUGCUGCCAAAGCCUAUAUGUUGGACCCGAAUCACCCAGAACGAGGCGAUUGCGUAGGAAGUCGGGGAAGGGGAGACACGGAUAUGGUCAAGUUGAAGCUCUUCGCCUGUGUGAAGUCAUUCUUGGAAGAUGAAGGAUGGGGAGCUCGUUGCUUUACAGCGGAAGUUGUAGGAGGCAAAUAUCGAAAGUUGAGGUGGCCUCAGAUGAAGAGCAAGAUCAUCUCACUGGUGACCCCCUUGAUGCGCCGAAUGGUAACCAACGAGAGGCAACGACUGUACGCUUUGGAGACACGGCAAGAGAAAAAAUCAAGACCAGAUCAUGCCAGACUGGAACACGGUCACAGGGCACAUACUCCUACCUCGAUAGUAACUCCACAGCUAGAAUUCAGACAAACCAAGAGUGCGGCUCCCACUCGGAAAUCUCCUGUGGGCCCAAAGCUAAACGAUUAUCAUUACGAAAUCAAGGAUUCGUCCCAAAUCGGACAAACCAAUGGCGAUGCGAAGGAGCCAGGCCCAAGCAUUGAAGCGGGAGAUGGCGAAGACCUAGUAAACGUUAAAUACCUAGUUAACCUUAUACGUCAUGGUCGACGACUUCACCCGCAAGUCGCAUUAGAGCCAAGUACCUGCCCACGCUUCGGAAGCUUGCUGCAGUAUAUACAUAACAUGAUUGCUGGUUCAAAUCAAGAGCAACAACCGAGCAGCAUAAAGGUACUCGGUCCUACAGGAUUGGUCAAUGUAAACGAUGAGGAGAGUUGGACAGGAGCUAUAGCAUCAGUACUUCGAACUGAGUGGAUGGAUGGAGAGGUGAAGUUUGUAGUUCAAGUGGUAGAUAGGGCUCAUUAGAGCGCGGAUCUGGAUGAUUGUGUGCUUCACUACCAACCAAGUGCUGGAUGGUAUAGGACCACUCUUUGGGAUUCUCGGCUUUACAUGUGCGACACCAACCGAAUGAAGUCGUGAGAGGCGAAACUGGACAAUGGGGAUCUGAAUUCGUUUAGCUUUCGUCUGGCAAGUUAGAAUGAUCAUUAUGUAUUUGAGACUAGGGGUUAACACUGAAAUGAUACUUGAAUGUCGGCAAUUCAAUGCCUGACUUCCGAGUUGAUUUUCGUCGUACGCUCCGUGUGGGCGAGAGAAUCUGCAGGCACAAGUAUAAGGUAGCUAGCUGGCUGCUAAUUCCAUCUCACAAAACUGCGCUAGAGCAUCGAACAAGGGCCAAAGCAAAUAGCCUUCCCAUCCCAAGCUCCGCAAGAGACCAAUGUCAUUCAUGUACACAAUUAGUAUUCACA